CUCUACAUUAGUAUUUCUGUUGCUCCAUAGAUGUGCAACUGAUGAAAAUGAUAUACUUCACCCUUUCUGUUGCAACAACUAUGCUCCUGGCAUAUUCUACUAAGUACAUACAAGUUCAAGGAAUUCCACCGCCUGAGAUGAAAGUGGUCCCUGCUGUCAUCAGACAGUUCACUGACAUAGUUCACCUGACUUGUGAGACAUCUCUGUCUCCUUUGUCUCACUGUUAUUUCGCCAUAAAUGGUGGAAACUGGACAUGGUCUGAGUCCAGCAGGUUGGCACUCUCUGGAAAUGACCUGAUUGCAUGGUCAGGUCAACGGGAUAUUACAGAAAUUGAGCUGAUGUGUCAGUGUUUUGGCUCAAUGCCACUGAUGAACUCACCAUACUCUGAACGUACUUUAGUUACCAUUGUAGGACCUCCACAGCUCCUGUUGUUUCGUCAGCUCAUCAGUGAGACAGAUACAGUUCAUCUGACCUGUCAGACACCUCAGUCCCCUCUUGUGUCUCAGUGCUUUCUCUCAGUGGGGGGAAAGCCUCUCAGUGUAGUAAUGCCAUCAUGCCAGCUACAGAGGACAGGGAAGGAGUUGAUCCACUGGUCGGGUGUGAGGCCACCUGCACAAAUAUCACUGAGUUGUUAUUAUACAGUUAAAACAACCCCUCAACUGUCAUCUGACCCAUCUCAACCAGUCUCAAUCACUGUAGGUAAAGACUGGGUUGGUGUCCAGCUGUUCACAUCUACAGUUAACUCAACUUCAAUUAUUGCUGGGUCUGAGGAGAUCUGUACUAGAGGGAUGAUAAUUGUUGGAGGGAUCAUGUUUUUGGGAGGCCUGAUCACCUCCUUUCUCUGCCUGAAAAUCAGAAGAUGUGCAUUCAAAAGACAAGAAUGUCCCCCUGAUCGAGAUGAGAAUCUAAGUAUUGGAUUUCUGAGCACAACCAUUUCUCCUGGUGUGAUAGGCGAUGAAGGCAUGACAAUGUCAUCUAAAGCAGCAGCCUCAGAUACCAAGAUGGCCCUGGAAUCUGAACAGGGUUCUAUUGUGGAUCCUGUGUACUCCUCCAUCCCUGAUAUCCCGAUUGUGGCUGACCAAGAGGACUCCAGUGUGGAGCAUGUGUAUAGCCAUCUUGAACCAACACAGGACAACAACAUUUAUAGCGACAUGUACUGCGGAACAUCUGAUUUUGCUGCUUUACAAAAGACCUAGAUCUCUUGAAUUCCCCCUUGGGGAUCAAUAAAGUAUCUAUCUAUCUAUCCAUCCAUCCAUCCAUCCAUCCAUGAUAAAUAGUAAGGGUGUAAUGUGCCCUUGGAAUGAUUUUGAUAAUGUCACUUGAUUUGACUCAUGCUUUUGAGUUUUGUUCACCAUUUUUUUUUCAGAAUUUCUCAAAUAAUCGUUAAUAUCUGCACCACUGUUAUAAGUGCAGUGAAUAUACCUGUGCCCAUAGCUUUAUCUCUUUUGUUGCCACGCUGAGCAAUUGAGCCUUGUAAGUCCUGUAUGUUUCAUAUCUACUUCAUAUCUUCAUAUCUAUUGAUUCAUUUAUCAAGAACAAGUUCCCCCAGGGGGCGCUGUGGCGCUGUGGUGCAACAGGCUACAGUGCUCAUGCCAUGAAUGGGUCCAAGUGCCCACGGGGACCCAGG